AGCCCUCUAAACUAAACACGCAGGCUUGAGUACUACACAUACACAUUGCUCUUGCAGCACUUGUUACUUUCGCGGGCAAAGAUGACGAAAAUGAUAUUAACUCCUACCGUGGAGGCCAAUCUGGAAAACAUCCAGCUUGCGCUGGAGACGAGCAACGCGGUUCUCAUUCAGGGCGAAAUCGGCUGCGGUAAAAGCGCCUGUGUGCUGCACCUAGCGGAGUGUUACGGCGCAAAGGAAACGAUGAUACAAGUUAAUGUGGAUGAUACCUUUGACAGCAAGGAUCUUUUGGGAAAGUUCAGUGCCACCCAAACACCGGGCGCUUUCGAAUGGGUUCCUGGUUCACUCACCGUUGCCGUACAGAAAGGAUAUUGGGUUCUGAUGGAAGACAUCGAUCUUGCCUCUUUCGACGUGUUCUCAGUCAUCCUGUCCCUUCUCGAGAGCUCUACGCUGUUUAUCCCCGAUAAAAACACGUUUUUGCGCGCGCACAAAGGAUUUAAGCUCAUCGCCACGCAACAGCUGUAUUCUUCCGGCUCAACGCUGCUCACACGCAAAACAAAUUCAGUCCCGUACGCGGAACUUUGGGGAACCGUCAUUAUGAAGUCCCUUUCGGCGGAAGAAAUGUGCACUAUUGUUCAAAGCACAUACUCUAACGUUCCUGUCUCAAUCGUCGGAAAAUUGGCGACCCUGACAUCGCUGUCAUCUGGCGCCAGCUUGGCGAGUCUGCAAAACCUACUGCGCUGGAGUAAACGUGUAAAUAAGCGGUUGCCGAACGCAUCCAAUAACAUAAAAACUAAUAGCGAUACUGGUCCAGUGUUCAUCUCAUCCAGAAUUCGUGAAACAAUGGUGAAAGAAGCAUUCGAUUGCUUCGUGGCAAAAUACCCUCCAGGGAAUGAGAGAAAUGCGGUGCUGAAACUUGUAUCAGAAGCAUGCGGUGUCCCCGAAAACGUAGCCGAGCCACUUGUUCUUGAGUGCAAACCACAGGAGUCGCUCUCGACUACGACUUACGCAGUGGGACGAGCGCAGAUUCCAUUAAUUUCUGCCGUGUCAGGACUCUCUCGUGAGAGCCGUGUGGCGUUUGCUCCGACAACGCAUGCCAUGUCGCUUUUAGAGCGUUUGGGCGCUGCUGUUGAGUCCCACGAGCACGUUUUACUGACUGGCGAGACCGGUGUGGGCAAAACUUUUAUUGUUCAAUACCUGGCGGAUCAACUGGGGCAGUCGCUGAUCGUCCACAAUCUGAAUCAGCAGACGGACUCGUCCGACUUCAUGGGGGGAUGGAAACCGCUCGACGUCGGCGUUGCAGUUCGCGAACUGUACAGCGAGUUUACCGAUUUGUUUGCACUCUGCUUUAACGCAGAAAAAAACGCCCAAUUUCUCAACAUUUUGCAGCAAUCCGUGAACGGGCGAAAAUGGGAUCGCGCGGCCCAUCAAAUUAUCAAAGGUUGCAGCUCAUUUGCGGCGAAAAGCGCAACUGUAGAGUAUGACAUAUCGACUCUGCAGCGAUGGAACGAAUUAGAGCAGAGAGCAAAUGAAUUACUCGACACGAUCGAAAAGGCGAAGUCAAACUUUGCAUUUUUCUUCGAAGAAGGCUCGCUUGUCAAGGCGUGGAGAGAAGGUCACUGGAUUUUGCUGGACGAGCUAAAUCUUGCAAGUACGGAGGUGCUCGAACGCGUCUCCUCCGUCCUCGGCGACGUCGAUAGGCUCUUCCUCACUGACAAAGACUCGUCUGAGCCUAUCAUGCGGCACAAAAACUUUCACGUUUUCGCAAACAUGAAUCCACCGACGGAUGUGGGCAAGAAAGAUUUGCCGCCCUCGCUGCGCUCGCGGUUUGUGGAGUUCUACGUAAGCGAGCCGUUUAAUCGUAACGAUAUCAGCAUUGUCGUACGGGAGUACAUCGGCUUCCUCACCGCAGACGCAAAAGUGGAUGAAAUCACCGAUUUUUUUUUGGACUGCGUCAACAACUCAAAGUCGAAGCUAUGCGCGCUUGACGGAGAGUCGAAGGCGCCGUCGUUCAGCCUGCGAACCCUCACGCGUGCUCUCUCGUACGUGCGCCGUGCGACACCGCUUUACGGUUUCACGAUUGCCUUGUUCGAUGGACUCAUGCUUGGUUUUGCAACUCCACUGCAGCGCCAGUUUCACGUUGUGGUAGAGCAGCUAAUUAUCAAGAAUAUUUUUCGCAGCAAGCGUCCAAACCCACCUACACUGCCGACUGCCCCGAAAGAAGGCUCGUACGUCGCUUAUGAACACAUGUGGAUACCCGCCGGCACUGAAACACCGUUCUGCGACGACGCUUUCAUUCUGACUGACAGUGUCAAAGGUCACCUGAAAAAUCUGGGGCGCGCCGUGUUUGCAAAUCGUCCCGUGUUACUGGAAGGUCCCACGUCGUCGGGGAAGAGCUCCAUGGUCAAAUACCUCGCUGAGCUUACGGGGAACAAAUUUGUUCGUAUCAACAACCACGACAGCACCGAAGUGCAGGAAUACUUGGGCCACUACGUUACUGACGAGUUUGGGAAACUGCGCUACGUUGACGGUAUUUUGGUCGACGCCGUGCGCCAUGGCUACUGGGUCGUGCUAGAUGAGCUGAACUUAGCGCCUACCGAUGUCCUUGAGGCGCUGAAUCGUCUGCUUGACGACAAUUGCGAAUUGUUUGUGCCGGACACUCAGGAGACUAUCAAGCCGCAUCCGCAGCUGCGCAUCUUUGCAACACAGAACCCCGCAGGAAUUUAUGGCGGCCGAAAGAUGCUCUCACGCGCUUUCCGCAACCGAUUUCUCGAGAUUACUGUGGAUGAGAUUCCGACCAAAGAAGUGAGUAUUAUUCUGUGCCGCCGGUACGCCCUGCCACAAAGCUUCGCAGAGAAAAUGGUGGAGGUAAUGACUGCGCUGCAGAUUCGUCGCCAGAACUCGCAGAUUUUCGCGGGCCGCCACGGUUUUAUUACACCUCGUGACCUGUUCCGGUGGGCCGAGCGCCGCCCAGAGACGUAUCAGCAGCUUGCCGAACAUGGCUUUCUGCUGCUUGGCGAACGCUGCCGCAAGCCGAGUGAACGGCAGGUUGUCCGUGAUGUGAUGGAGUCUAUCACAAAGACGCAGCUCGAUGAGAAGAAGAUCUAUCACCCGUCGUACUGGCCCUUUGUCGAGAGGUACUUCGAGAAGAUUGAAAGCGGCGUUAUUGAUGAGUACAAGAUCGUGUGGACGGAAUCAAUGCAGCGCCUUUUCACGAUUGUGGGCAUUUGUUUGGAGCACAAGGAGCCCGUACUUCUAGUCGGCGAGACGGGUAGCAGCAAGACCACCGUGUGUCAACUGUGGGCAGCUCUAUUGGACAUUCCUCUCCACAUUCUAAACUGCCACCAGCAUACGGAAGCAGCCGACUUCCUGGGUAGUCUCCGUCCGGCCCCACCGGACCGGCGUGACCAGGCUCUGUUCGAGUGGCGAAACGGUCCUCUCGUACAGAGCAUGAUCAACGGCGACAUGUUCGUUCUCGACGAAAUUUCUCUCACGGAGGACAGCGUACUAGAGCGGCUGAACAGUGUGCUGGAGCCGUCGCGCAGCGUCACGCUUGCGGAAAAGAGCAGCGCCGACUGCAUCGUGGCGCAUGAGCGCUUCCUCGUGAUGGCCACCAUGAACCCCGGUGGCGACUUUGGCAAGAAGGAACUCUCACCCGCGCUGCGCAACCGAUUUACGGAGAUUUACGUGCGGCCCACCACGGAUGUGACAGAGGUUGGCAUGAUCCUCUCCCGGCGUAUGGAGCCGGCGCUGGAGCCUUGGGCAUCACGCAUGGCAGCCGUGCUGUGCCGCGUCUCCGAGGUCACCGCCAUCUCCGGCGCACCGCAACACAUUAGCAUUCGCGACAUUAUUGGUUGGGUGUCCUUCAUGAACGCCGCGCACGGCCGUUGUCCGCCGGAGGUGGCCUUUCUGCAAGGUCUCGACGCGGUUAUUUUGGACGGCAUCGGCGUCGGUAGCGGGCAGUCGGAGGCGUCGUGCGCGAUUGUGAAGAACAGCUGCACCACCCAAGCGGUCGAGGAGGUGGCGCGGCUGGGCCACGGCGAGCUCGACUACGCCUCGCUGUCCGCAAAGCCGUUCUGGGAGGUGUGCGAGGGCCUGGCUGAGCCGCAGCUGCCUGCGUCGAUGCAGAGCCGCUUUUUCUUCGGCGCCCCAGCGACGCGACGCAACUUGUCAAAGCUGAUGCGCGCUAGUCUCGUGAAGAAGGCGGUGCUUCUGGAGGGCAGCCCUGGCGUGGGCAAGACGAGCAUUGUCGAAGCACUUGGCUGCGCGUUGGACCGCCCGGUGGUGCGCAUCAACUUGAGUGAGCAGACCGACAUCAUGGAUCUCUUCGGUACCUACCUGCCGUGCCCAUGCAACGACGCAGCUGUGAGUGUUGUGGAAGGCCAGCAGGACGGAGCGGAUCUUGGCAAUGAGGAGGACGAGGGCGUGCCCACGGAGACGGGCGCCACGCCGCCAGCUCCGGGACGGGCAAAGGGACCCCAAUUUGCGUGGUCCGACGGUGUUCUGCUGCGCGCGCUCAAAGAUGGCGCGUGGGUAAUCUUGGAUGAGCUGAACCUGGCCAGUCAGUCGGUGCUGGAGGGCCUCAACGCUCUGCUGGAUCACCGGUCUACUGUCUUCAUUCCCGAGCUCAACGAAGAGUUCCACGCGCACCCCGACUUUCGCGUCUUUGCGUGCCAAAACCCGCUCCUCGAGGGCGGUGGUCGCAAGGGCCUGCCGCGCAGUUUCCUGAACCGCUUCAUCAAGGUUCACGUCGAGGCCUUUGAGGUGAGUGACCUCAUCGUAAUUGCGAAGGCGGUGUGCCCCGACAUUGCGGAGCCGACGCUGCGGCGGAUGGUGGACUUUGUUGGGCAGCUGCAACAGGACACGAUGGUGAGUCGACUGUACGGGCUGCGUGGCAGUCCGUGGGAGUUCAACCUGCGUGAUGUGCUGCGGUGGGCGAAGCUGUUGCAGUCGUUCGAGAUGCGGGAUCGACCGACGUCCUAUGCAGACAUGCUCUUCCUUCAACGCAUGCGCACCGAGGAGGACGUGGCACGCUGCCGCGCUUGCCUCGUGCGGUGCUUCUCAGCAGACGAAGUAGCGCGCGACGUUCCUUCCGCGUGCGACUCUGACUUUCUCAUACGCGACGGCGCGGUCUACUUUGCGCGCCAACGGCUGGUGCAGCGCGAGCAGGCCAGCCUCCACGCUGCCGAUGCGCAGGUGCUCAGCUCGCUGCUCCUACUGCCCUCGCAGGCACACCUGGUCAAGUCUGUGCUGGUGUGCGUGGAGCAGAGCCAAUUUGCCUUGCUCGUUGGGCCGUCGGGUGCGGGCAAGACGUUCGUGCUACGCACCGCCGCCGCCCUUGCCGGGGCAAAGCUGGUCACUUUUUCCAUGACCGCCAGCUGCGACACGGUGGAUCUGCUGGGCGGCUUUGACCAGGUGGAAGGCAAGCAGGGCGAGUUCGAGUGGCGUGACUCCCUCGUGUUGGAGGCGAUGCUGCAGGGACACUGGCUCGUGCUGGACAACGUGAACUACUGCAACGCGAGCGUGCUCGACAGACUGAACCCCUUGGUGGAGCCCAACGGGGUGUUGUCCGUGAAUGAGCAAGGCAUUGUGAACAACGAGGUGCGUGUGAUUCGCCCGCACCCGCGCUUCCGCCUCUUCGCGACACUGAACCCGCGCUAUGGCGAUAUCUCGCGUGCGAUGCGCAAUCGUGCGGUGGAGCUGUACGCUGCACCUGUGGCAAUCCCCUCCCUGGAAAGCCUGGCUCUCAGCGCUCAUGCCUCGGUCGUUACACAAACCCAGCAACAGCAACGUGCCACCUCGGAAGCGCGCGAGGAGGGAGGAGAGGAGAACAACGCGGAGGCGGCUGUUGUGCAGGUGGCACAGCCCCGGCCGCCACCAGUGCAGCUGCUCUCGCGUUUGCUGAGCUACCACCACACGUUUGCCUCGGUCGGCUUUCACGCAGACUCGCAGCACCCCGGCUCCGCACAGCUCAGCGACGCCCUCUCCGCCGGCGCACCGAGUGUGUUCACGUUGUUGCGCACGAGCUGUCUACUGCGGUCUGUCAGCCAGAUCGGCGACCUCGAGAAGCUCAUCUUGCAUCGAUACGUUCAGAAUCGCAGCGGCCACUGGACGGGCUUCAAGGCAGAACUUCUGGAGCUGCUUCGCCGCACCAUGGAGAGCAGCCCGGACGAAAGCGCAGAGGGAGACGUCAGCGACGCGGAGGAUGUUCUGCGUGUGCUGCAGCUGCAGGCGUUUGUUGAGGAGGAUAAGCUUUGCACCACGCCGUCGACGAGUGCAGAACCGGAAGGAGAGGCGUUCACGACGCCGCGUCUAACUUCUAUCGACGUCGCCGUGUCGUUGGUGCGUCGACGAGUUCACCGCGCCGCCUUUGCGCUGCAGCAGCUGCUGUCGAGGUCGCAACCGGAGGCAGAUUAUGUGAGCGAUAUGAGCCUUGUCAGCGGCGGCACGGUGGUGAAGCGGGAGGACACAAAGAAGUUCUCGACACUGUACCAUCUGGAGGAUGUCCUGCUGUGUUUUGUACUGGAUCAGUGCAUCGACAGCGUGCCGCUUGACGCCGUCACUGCUGCUCGUCAGUCGUGGAUCAGCCACCACUUGCCUGCAGAGCUGUCCGCACGUGUGCAGCCGUUGUUAAACAGCGCCUACUGUUGCCCUGAGAUGCUUGGGGUCUUGUACACGCGCGCUGUGCAGCUGGUCGGACCUCACGCUGGCUCUCUUGCUGCCUUGUGGAACUGCCACCCGCAGGUGGUGAGCUCGACGUUGGUCAACAAUGCCCUCGCGCGUCUCAACGAAGGCCUGCGUGCAGCGCUCGCAAGUGCCUCUGCUGUGCCGCCGAGCACCUUCCACCGACUGCUGCGCCUUGUGGCCCCCUUUGCCCGUCUUGUCGUCCACCACGCCCGCGAGAACGACGGCGUGCACGCAGAUAACUACAUCCCCCUCGUUACCCACACCGCCCUCGUGUGCAGCAUGGCAAAGAAGACUCACCCGCCGCUGCGGCACUCCGUGGACGUGGUGGAGGCUGCUACGACGUUCUUGGAGACGCUGCAACAGCACUUGGAUUUGCCGUUUCCCCUGUUGGGAGGCAAGGCCCCUCUGCACCGCUACGUGCCCACGCCACACAUCACCACAUCUGAGGAGCGGCGCGUCCUGCAGGCGUGGAGCACCGCAGCCAACACUUCGUCAAACAUGAAGGCGGAAGGCACGGUGAGCUCGUCCGACGUCUCGCGUGCGCUGCUGCACCGCUUGUGGGAGUCGGCGGCAUUUCGCGAGGGCUUUGCAUGCCUGCAGCAGCUCCUGCACCUCCGCGCCACUGCCGCCCUCCACGCCACCGCCUCUGCGCCAAACACCAACGUCGCGGCUGCGUUCACUGGCCCCCUCCCUUCGCCCUCCCACCUGCUGCCCUCCAUCCAGGCCCGAUUGAAGACCUUUGUGCAAACCUACACGACGCAGCUACCACUCUUCACGCAACUGGAGAUGGCGCUGUGGUGCAGCGUGCCGGGUAUCUCGCCUGCCGACGCAGCGCAGACGACACGCGCCUUGGCGGAGCUGACGCCGCUGCUGGUGAGCCGCUUUGCCCACCGCUACGGUGUGGCCGGCACCCGCCACCUCUUCGCCGGAUCAUGGACUGUGGCGGCGGCGGAGUGCGUGCGGUACGGUGCGCAGGUGCCGGUGAUGGACGUUGGCCGGUCGGACAGCACAAGCGUGCGUGUGCUGAGCGGGCUGAACGCCUUCUUACUGACCUGCCCUUUGGCCGCCCCCGCCCCGCUGGAGGAGUGGACGGUAAACUCGCAGCGGGAGCUGAUGGGGGUGCUGUGUGCGUGCUUUCCGGACCUGGCGGCGCAGGCACCGACGACGCUGCCACCGGCGCGCACGUUAACGGCGACCGCCUUCGCGCAGCAGCCUCUCUUUGCAGCCGCCGAGACGACCGUGGCCGCCGUGUCUGCUCCGACGCACUCCGCGCUGCUGGAGAGGCAGAAGCCGAUUAUGGCGGCUCUGCUGCACCGCUUGCGUAGCAGCGACGGAGAUGCCGACAUGCUGCCGGCGGUGACGCUCCUGUGGGUGAUGAAGUGCCGUCUGCUGCUGCCGCGGUCGCCGGUGGAUCCGAUGUACCGGCGGGAGUGCAAGAAGGCCGUCGCCACCGAGGAACUGGCGCUGCUGGAGCGGCUAGACGACGCCUUUGCGUGGGCGGAGAGGCUGUCGCUGCGUCAACACAGCCCUCAGCGUGAAGUGCUGCAGACGCUGCGUGCGCAGGAGAAGGAGAUGCGGCGCUGUGCGCAGCAAAAGUACGUUGCCCGCCCCGAGGCAACGGGCAUGCAGUACGCUACCCUCAUCCGCAAGCUCUACCAGGUGUGCACGACGCUGCUGUCCGAUGCACGUGUGCUGGGGAUGUUUGACCUCUCUGCUCUCACGUCAUCGUCGUUGUCACCCGCGGACGCCGCUGUGGCGGCGGAGGAAAUCGUCGCCAGCCGCGAGGCUUGGAGCGACUUGCUGUUUGAGCAGGUCAUGCAGCUCCUGGCGGAGUACGGCGGCUACGAGGACGUCACGGUGAACUUUGCCGAGGCGGCGUUGCUCGCCUCCAUGGCAGCACGGGCCAGCUGCACGACAGACCGUCGGCUCGUGGCCGCUCUCGCCAAUUCCGCUGCCGUGCCGGCGCUGUUUCAUCGCGACGACACGCUGCGCCUGCUGCAGUUCCCCUCCCCGCUGGUGCACUCGCUGCCCAUGCCGUCCGUGCAACACACCUCGUCGCUGCUGCGUCAUCGUGUGGUCUAUCUCGAUUCGUGUCUCUCGCUGAUCUCCGGGACGGCGCCGCAGGGCACCAGCCGUGCCUUCGUUGAGGACGUCUUCGCGCAGUACCACACGCUUUUCCGCCAGAUUGACGAGUGGGAGGCGCAGGAACGCAAGACGGAGGAGAUGGCGGUGCUGUACAAGGAGAAGGCGGUCGUGAUCGAGGGCGACGACGAGGUGCUGCUGCGUAAGUUGAAGGAGCUGUUCCCGAGCUACGAGAAGGAGUUCACAGUGGAGGCGCUCGAGGCGGACGCUGCGGCGGAGUCGUCGGAGAGGAAGGCAGAGGAGCAGAUGGAAGGCCGCCGCGCCAAGUUCGCGCGCAUCCUCUUUAAGGAGAGAGACGGCCACUACCUACGGCAUUUGGUCGAGGUGCACCGAGCGUUCUACUGGCGCCUUGUCUCGAGCCGCAUGCCGGACCCUGCAAACGAUCCCGCUGCCGCAUCGUCCCACCUGCUCGCUGCCUUUCAACACCGCUUUGAUGCCCUGUCAGCUGAGCUGCGUAUGUACCCGUCAUCGGCGGGUGCGCACGGCAUUCGCGACGCCUCGAGCGGGCAGGCAGAGCAGCUUCUCUUGAACGGCUUUGCAGCCCGUGUGUCGAUGCUGCGGUCUGACAUCCACCCCUCGGCGGUCUCGCUGGAGGAGCGCAAGGAGGGCGGCUUCAACAUCUUCCUCGACACUGACGUGUACGAGCUGAGCCGCUUCAGCAAACCGCUGUACGAGCUGCUGGAGGCGGUGCAGAAGCUGGCGGUUACCUACCCCGACACGCCGUCGCUGCAGCGGUGUUUGCGCAUUGGCCACAAGAUUGCCGCCCUCCCCGUGAUGAGCACCCCGCUCAUGAAGGUGAUGGCGGGCUGCGAGGUGCUGCUGCGGGAGUGCUACGAGUGGGAGCGCAACGCCGCCCACGACGUCUCGCUCAUGCGACACAUGACGGAGCUCUCCUCCUUUGUGCUGCGGUGGCGUCGGUUGGAGCUGCACUGCUGGUCGCACGUCUUCAAAGCGAAGCGGGCGGAGUUUGAGUUGCGGGCGGCGCAGCAAUGGUUCACCUUGUACGACGUGCUGCUCAGCGAUGUUGAGGAGGAAGAGGAAAGCAGCGGCGGCGUGGAGAGCGACGCGGCGAGGCUGCUGCGCCGCUGCCGAGCGGCAUUCCAGUACGCCUCGCAGUUUAUGUGGAGCGCCACCUUCGGUGACUACUCCGUCCGCUUGCGUGUGCUUCAGGGCUUUGGCUUCCAGCUGCUGGCCGCAGAGGGGGCGCAGGCGCCACUCUCCAACACUGUCCUGCACGUCUGUGACUUCUUUGCGCAGUUUGAGCCUUUUAUUGCGGAGAGGUGUCGCACCGCGGUGCAGCCCAUCGAGGAGGACAUCGCCGAGUUCGCGAAGAUCAUGCGCUGGGAGGACGCCAACUACUACGCCGUGCGGGCGACGGCCGAGAAGUCGCACCUGAAGAUGGCGCGUGUGCUGGGCUCGCUGGAGGAGGCACUCCGCACUCCCGUACUGCCCGUCAUCACGGCCGAGGAGCAGCGCUGCGAGGAUGACGUGUCGCUCGGCUUCGUGCUGGCCGCAAAGGCGGAUGCCAACGACAAGAAAAAGCCGAAGAAGACCAAGCUGGGAGAGGCGGCUGGCAAAGCCAAGCCACAAGGCGCCAAGAGGCGACGCAACGGGAAGACGGUCGUGGUGCCGCCGUCGCAGGAAGGCGACAACGCUGCUGCGGGCCGUGCGAUGGGCCACAAAUGUCUCACGGAGGCGCACCGGUUCUUGCAGGACGCCGCGGAGGAGGUCGUCGAGAACGUGACGGCGCUGCAGCAGCCGAAGACGCCGCAUCAAAUGAAGGUGCGCGCACUGAAGACGCUCUUCAACCGUCUCGCCGAGGCCGGCGUGCCGCACACCCACGUGGACCAGGUCGGGGCCUGGGAGGUUGUUUUCUCGUCUACGGAGGCGCUUCUGGGCUGCCGCGAGGUGCACGCCGACCAAACCGCUGCCGUCACCUCACUGGAGGCUGCUGCGGCGGAGCACUACCGCUUUGCGCGGUGGCUGCAGCGUUUGCGCGAGGUGGAGCGGAGGCCGCACCACGACCUUUCCGCCGCGCAGGCGAAGCGCGGGACCGGCACGGCGGAGAGUCUCUUUGCCUCCGCCGUCCACGCGGCCACGAUGCUGUGCGAGCUCUUCCACAUGCAUGAGCAGCUGCGUGUGCUUCACAUGACGGUGCAGAACGCCGCUGUUGUAUCGGAUGCGGAGGGCGCGAGCGCCUCCACUCCGACUGUUACGCGUGCCCUUUUGGACGACGCGGUGGAGGUGGCGUGCCUCGUGCAGUCGGUCUGUGAUGGGCUGUCGUGGAUGGUGCAGCAGAAGCUGAUCCCAUCUGACGCCGCCGAGUCAAUUCGCCUAGUGCAUGAACUGAGGAGUCUGUCGCAUGAGCUGUGGGGUCUCUGCACCGCCCACGAGCCGGUGCGACGCUCCGCCGUCACCGUCGUCCCGCCGGGCAUCGCCGCUGCUGUGUUGGAGGCGCUGCACGGCCUACUCGGGGCGGCGAGCCGCCUGCAGGCAGGCCCGACGUCAAGUGUAUCUGCUGCCGCCCAACCGCUCGUCGAGGCUGUCACGAACGUCCUGCACAAGCAUGAGCAGCUGGGGCAUGAGGGUGCCAGUGAGACACCAGAUCGGCCUGGUAGUGAUGCCAAACGCCGUCGCACGGAGGAGCCGCCGGCGUCGUGGGGUCAGCGGCUCUCCCGGGCACUGGCGGAGUUGGAUGCCGUUGUGGCGGUGGAUGACGACGCGGUGCCCAUUGUCGAUGACGCGCUGCCCACCGCACCUGCGGAAACAGCGGUGACGGAGAAGAAGCUCGGUGAGGACGGCAGCGCUGGUGAAGAAGACGGCGAUGACGUCGCAGCUGGUGCAUCGGCCGUCUACGCCCAGUACACACAGUAUGGCACCAACGUGGAAGCGGCCUUGCAGCGACUGGCGCCGGUGCUCGAGGACCUCCUCGCGGCGCGGGACUCCACGCCUGGUGCGGUGCCGCUCAGCACCGCCGUGACAGCCCCCACGUCCGCCACGGUCGCGCUGAACGCGCUCUCGCUGGCGGAGAAGACGGAGUUGCUGCCGCGACUGUCCGUGUGCUUGCGCGAGGUGGCGCGGGCGCGUGACGCGUGGUGCGCCGUCGUGGAGGCGGAGUGCCACUUCGGCCUCGUCGUAUCGCGCCUCUUUACCGUGCUGCUGAAGAAGGGAUUCUGCAAGACGGACGACGAGGAGCCGGAGGACGGCGAGGGCGAUGGCGAGGGCGGCGCGCAGCAGAGCGGCACGGGCAUGGACGACGGCGAAGGCGAGAAGGACGUGACGGAUCAGAUCGACAACGAGGAUCAGCUCAUGAACAUGAAGGACAAGGAGGAGCAGCCGGAGAAGGAGCAGCAGCAGGGCGACAAAGACGAGGACGAGGAGGACAAGGCGGCGGAUGUGGAGACGGACUUCAACGGACAGAAGGAGCAGCGCGAGGCGAGCGAAGGGGAGGGCGACGAGGAGGGCGAGGAGUCCGACAAGGAGAUGGGCGACGUCGACGAGGGCACCGAGCAGGAGCGGAAGAAGUCCAAGAAGGACGCCGGCGAUGCGGAUGACAUGAACGAAGACGGCGGGGAUGCCGCCCAGGAGGUGCCGGAGGACGAGCUCGCGGAGCCCAACGCAGAUGAGGAUGACAACGCCGAGGAGACCGGUGGCUUCGAGGACAGGGCGGAGGAGAUACGCGAGGCCGAGGAGGAGCGCGCCGGCGAGCACGAUGUCGUCGGCGAUGACGCUAAGAGCGAGAUGGACGAGAGCGGCAACGACGGCGGCAGCGAGAGCGGCGACUCCGUUGAGCGCAGCGACGCCGACGGCGAGGAGCGUGAGGAGAGCGCGCCGGAUGAGGAGCUGCCGACGGACGCGGACGCGGAGCCGGAGGAGGGCGAUGCAGGCUCCGAGAACCACGCCGACGACGCCGCCUCCACGGAUGACAACCGCAGCGAAUUUGGCGAGGAGGAGGUGGAGCAGCGCGACGGCGGCGACGAGGACGCGACGGACGUCGAGGACGCGAGUGACGCCGCGGAUGAAAACGUCUAUGAGGGCGGCCGCCAGGACGACCGCGAGGGCGAAGAAGCCACGGAGGAGCAAGACAAGGACAGGAAAAAGGACAAGUCGAGCAAGCCGCAGCAGGAGCAGGCCGCCAACGAGGAGGAGCAGCCGGGCGCGGAGCAGGAGCAGGACGACGCGGGCCAAAACUGGAAGAAGCAGCAGGAACAGAACGAUCAGGCCCAGCGUCGCGACAACACCGAGCAGACCCGCUCGCAGCAUAACCCCUAUCGCGCCGUCCGGGAGGCCUUGCAGCGGCACCAGCGCCAGAUGCAGCAGCUCAAUUUGAGCCAGCACGUCGAGGUGAAGGACGAGGAGGAGACCCCGGUAAAGGAGAAGCCCCCGCGACCUGACGACGCGGACGCCGAAGAGGACAUGGAGGAGUUCGAUUGGGAUGAAAACGGCGACCGCGAGGGCCUCGCCGCGGCUGAGCAAACUGACCAAAAGCCGACGGAGACGAAGGCCGAGGAUGAGGAGAACGAGGACCUGGGCACCGACUCCGGUGAGGACGACAACGAUGAUGAUGACGCCGCUGUAGAGACGCCGCAAGACGCGCGCCGCAAGCGCAGCCAGAACAAGGAGGACCCCACGAAGCUGGAGGAGAAGGAAACGGGCGAGAAGUCCUCCAAGAAAAAGUCCAAAAAGAAGGUGCGCACGGCUGCCCGUGACGACGACGAGGGCGCGCAGGAUGACGAAGAGGACGACACCGCGGCCAUGGAGGAUGAGAAGGAGAUCGCGGCGGAGGCCAACGCGAAGCUCGAGCGCGGUCGCCAGCUCUGGCUGGAGCAGGAGACGGCGGUGCAGGGCCUGUCACAGCAGCUGUGCGAGCAACUUCGCCUCAUUCUCGCCCCCACCCUCGCGGACAAACUCCAAGGGGACUACAAGACCGGCAAGCGGCUCAACAUGAAGCGCAUCAUCCCAUACAUCGCCUCGCAAUUUAAGAAGGACCGCAUCUGGCUGCGCCGCACCAAGCCGAACAAGCGCACCUACCAAAUUCUCAUUGCCUUGGAUGACUCGCUGAGCAUGCAGUGCAACAACGCUGGCGUGCUCUCGUGCCGCGCCGUGGCCCUCAUCGCGAAGGCCCUGCAGCAGCUGGAGGUUGGCGAGUUCGGUGUGGCAUGCUUCGGCAAGGAGACGGCGGUGGUGCACCCGCUCGAGGAGCCGUUUCUCGCCGACAGCGGCCCGCGCCUGUUCAGCGAGAUCACCUUCGAGCAGAAGUCGACGGACAUGAAGAAGAUGCUCGAGACGACGCUGACCUACCUGGACGACGCACAGGGCCGCAUGCACCAGCAGACGCGCUCCACGACACAGCAGCUGCAGCAGAUUAUGUUCAUCGUCAGCGAUGGCCAGAUCACCGAGGACCGCGCGGCGCUGCGGCAGCUGAUGGUGCGCGCGGAGGAGAAUCAUCAGAUGGUCGUGCUGGUGCUGCUGGACAUCAACGCAGCAGAGGGAAACGGCGGCGCGGAGGUUGUGCACGCCUCAGCCUCCCCCGCUGCUGCUCCUGCUGCUCCACUGACGAAGAACUCCAAGUCGUUGCAGGGGCUGUCGGUGGCAGAGCAGCUGCGACGACUCAAGGCGGACCGCGAGAAGCGCAUGCAGACGGUGAAGUCAAAUUCCCGAUCUGUGCUGGACAUGCAGAUCGUGAGCUUCUCAGGCAAAUCGGUGGUGCGCCGCCCCUACAUGGAGGACUUCCCCUUCCCUUACUACCUUAUUAUUCGCGACAUUCAGAACCUUCCGGAGAUUAUUGCGGAUGCGAUGCGUCAGUGGUUUGAGCUGCUGAAUGCUGGCCUCUAA